GCGCAGACCCCACUCGAAGUAACACAUUCGCGAAGUGCGUAAUCGCGCGUGGCAUUGUCUAAUUUACCUAACGAUCCCUGCAAUGGCGCUUCUGCCAUUUCAGUGAGCUGUGGAUGGACUGAGUUUGUCUCCACUGAUUGGAAUCAUGAGCGGUGAAAAGUUGGUGAAAGAUUUGAGCUACGAAGCUCAUUUUCUAAUAUAUAAACUUCUGUUACCACCGGCUCCUGGAAGAGAUUGGAAGACUUUGGCUGACAAGAUGGGUUAUACACAGGAAACAAUCUUGUAUUACGAAUGUUUGAAUAACCCUGUGAAAGAGUUGAUUUCUGAUUAUGAGAGCAAGGGAAAGCCCAUCUCAGAGUUGUUAACGUUUCUAGAAGAAAUGGAGAGGAUCGAUUUGGUUACAGACCUCGAAAGAUUCGUAGGUAAGGCUAAAGAGGAGAACUCCUUUAUGAAUCAACUUAAACACUUCGAGUUUAGUGAUUUGAUUCGAUACACUAUAUGUUUAAACGAGAUAUAUUUGGUGAAGCAACUACGGAGCGCCGCACGAAACUACAGAUUUUAUUUCAGUUUUUAUAUCGUAACCCAAUUCCACCCUACAAUACACUCUGAACUUUCGUACGCCGAUGCCAUGGGUUACCUUCACUAUUAUGGUUCGUUUUGUCAUUGCUCGGAGAUAGUUCAGAUUUCACCGAAUUCUGUCUCUUAAGGUUAAGUUAGUUAUGAAAAUAAGCAACAGUUGACCGGGUUUUUCUCUUUCUAAGUAUUAGUAAGGACACCAGAGAUGUGUCUUGGAGUUUGCACGUAAAAAUAUCGAAAUGUCGACAUCUGCUAAAUUUGAACAAGUUUAGAGGAAGUGAAUUGAUCAGGACACAGAUUUAUCGCUUCCUCAGUACACUGUAAACUGGAUAAUCUUGUGCUUUUGAUCAAGAUCUUUACAACCCAGGAAAAGAAUGCAACUUUUUAUCACGUUUUUAGCCUUUCAAAUGCAUCGUGGUUAUUGGUACAUGCAAGCUUCUAAAUUAUUUCUGGAACAAUACAGGCUAUUAAACCGAUUGGACUGUACAAUGCUAGAAUGAGGCUUUAUUACAGACUUACUAGAAGGGUAUCCUGCUUAGGGGCUAAUCAAGACCUUUAAAACAACACCCUGUUCACUGUGUUUACCUUUUUAAGGUUAAGUAAAGGACUACCUCAAGUUCUUUGUUGGAGGUAGAUCAUGCCUGGGACUGCUGAACCUUGUUUUGUAGUAUGUUUGAACCUUAAAAACCUCAGGCUUCUCCACCCUAAGGUUAUUGAGAAACUCCAUCAUCCCUCUAACCCCCAGAAAUGAUUAACAUGUAACUUCUCCUUAUUACAUCCCUUCAUUAUCUAGCAAACAAGUGAGAGAAUACUCAAACUUAUCAGGUAGAAAUUGUUGUCUUGUUUUAACACCCAAUUCUCAUAACUGAUUCACAAGGAAAUGUGAAGGAGCAAGAGGGAGAAUCAACAAUCAGAUCUUAGGACUAAGAGCUUUCACAUGUGACUCAUAUAACAUGCCUCACACAAUCCUAUAGAGAACCAUAAAGAAAGAUGCUGUGAUUAGGGCUGUGUGGUAUAUGAUAAGAAGUGUAGAAAAAGCCAUCUGGUCCCUGCACUCAUACAGUUCUGUUUAAUUUCUGAGAAUGUAAAUUAUGAUUGUGGAUAUCAGCAUGAAAUAAAAGGGAAAUGAGAAAAAAGGCACAUUUUUUAACGAAGGGAAAGUUUCAGUGUGGAGUCCAUUAUGUACCCUUCAUAAGAAUGUGAUGGCAUAAUAUUUAGGUUCAAGCAUAAUUUCAAAAUUUAUACCACUUAAAUAUAUACAAAAUAAAAAGAUGAUUGUUGACUGAGUUCUUCCAUUUGGCUCUUAAAGCAGAAUAGUGAUAUCCCAAUCAGAUUUUUAGCAUGUUCAAAGACAUUUUGCAAAAGGUUUUAUUUCUCCUUGAAAUCUCAAAAUCCAUCUCAGCUGUAAUCUGUAACUGCGAAGAAAUGAAUAUCUUCUUUUCCACAGGAUACUUCUACUCAAGUUUACUUGCAAGAGACUAAUAAAGUUGUUGUUGUUGGUGUUUUUUUGGGCUAGAGGAGACACCCACUCAAGAAGAGGUAGAGCAAAGGAAAAGGCUGGAAUUCGAGAAGAUGCAAGGACAAGCUGGUAAACUCUUUUUAUAUUCAUUUAUUUAUCAAAAAGUUUCAGUUAUUGAUUUCUUGUCUGUUGGAACAUAGCCCCCAAUACCAGAUAUCAAAUAAAAAAAAUACAUCUUUAAAAAAAAAAAAAAAAAAAAAAAAAGAGCAAUAAGGAUUGUAAUUCAUAUUUACUUUAACCCUUUAACUCCCAGGAUCUUAUUGUUAAUUCUUCCAUCUAGCUGCUACACAUUUCCUUGUAAAUUAGUUGCAAGAAUUUGGCGUUAGAUCAAGAUAACAACUCCUACCUGAUACAUUUGAGUAUUCUCAUUACCUGUUUGCUGGAUAGUGGUUGGAUAUUGUAGGGAGAAGUUACAAGUGAAUCACUUCUGGGAGUUAAAGGGUUAACCCUUGACACUUUAUAUUCUCCAUACUAUUCUCUCUGCAUUUCCUGAAGUGUUGACAAGGAGAAUUUGUUUACUAAUCAAGAGUUUCUUUGUUUGGUGAUCAUUGCCUUUUUCUGUGUGAACUUAAUGUGUGAUUCAGGGGUGAUUUUGUCAGGAUAAAUUUGAUUCUAAAUGAAUAAAGGGGUAAGUUUCUAAAGAAACUGUGGUGCUGUGUCAGUGGGAGAGUAUAGCAGGCAAUUAAGUGUCAACAACUGAGUUAAAAAACAUAAAUUAGCCACCGUAAAGGGCAAAAAAGCUGACUUUUCAAGCAUUAGCCCUUUGUCUAUUGCUCUGAUGAAAGGCUAAUGCUCGAAAUGGUGGCUAAUUUAUGUUUUUAACUCAGUUGUUAACACUUAAUUACCUGCUGAAUUUGAUGCUAGUCACUCCUACAGGGUCAAAGGGCUAAAAUGUGUUCUCAGAUUGAAAAGAAAAUUCUUGAAUACAAAAUCUUACCGCGUUUAGGCUAAACUCUCAAAGAUCAAUGAAUAAAACAAAUAGAGUGAAAGAAAUCAAUUAAAAAACAUAUUAACAUGCAAAACCAAGCUCACAAGCCAUUGACUUCAAAUCCACAUCAUAGAAAGUUACAUCAAAUCUUAGCUCACUAUCAGAUAUUAAUAAUUACAAAUGUCCCUCAGGCACUGAGCCUCUUUUUAAUUAAAAAUCAUUUGUACACAAAGUGGUCAUUGUCAAUUAAUGUGAAAUUUCUUAUUUAUUUCAGCGGAAAAGCCUAAAACCAGUAAGUUCAAGAAAUUUGAUACUUCUUGUCUUUUUUGGUAUAAACUUUUUGUUGGGGCAUAUAAUUGGAUUAAACUUCUUAACCCGAAAAAAAUGUUAGAGACAGCAGAUUGUUGAAAUGAACAUAAUCUAGAGGAGGGAAGUCAUCUCCCUUAAAGCUUUCAUCAGCUCACCUCAAAUUAUCAUGAUAGUUUAAGGGUUUAAUUUUUUUUUGAUUGAAAUUAUGAUUGGUCCAGGGAAUAAUGAAUCCCCUUGUUAUCACUAUUAAUGGAUUUAUUUUUGUCAGUGUCUGACAGAUAUGAUGUGUUUAUCGCAUAUGCCCAACCUGACAGACCAUUUGCUGAUGAACUUGUCAAGAAACUGGAGGGACCACCCUAUAACUUAAAAGUUUGUAUUGAUUACCGGGAUUUUUUGCGUGGCAAUGAUCCUUCAGCAGCUGCGGCCCAGGCCAUUGAGAAAUACUGCAGAAAAGUCUUGCUUAUCUUGUCAGAGAACUUUAACAGAUGUGAAAGAGCUGAUUUCCAAGCCAACGUUGCGCUAAGCUUGUCAGCAGGUUUGUGUCUCUUGUGUGACUUCUUAACCCUUUCACUGGACCAAGAUAUCAUUUAGUAAUUCUUCUUACCAUCUUCGAUUGACAAUUGACAAUAGAUAAUACUUUAUUCAAGAGAAGGAAAAUGAAAAAAAAAAAAAAAAAAUUGUAAAAGUAUCUCUCGAAAGGGGAUAUUCUAGAGGUUAACCCUAUACAAAAGAUUCCCCGAAUAAAAAGACCAAAACAUUAUAUACAGAUAAUUAAAAACUGUUUACCAUCAUCUCAAUCAAUAUUCAUGUAAAUCUUUAGUCUGUUACGAAAUAAAGUCAAUGAUCCUGCGUGUACAAUAUCUUUAGGCAAAUUAUUCCACAUAUUAACGAUCCGUACAAAAAAAGAAAAAUUUGUAGCAAUUUACGAUAGCUAUUUUUAUGUAGAGCUUAUAAUCAUGAUUGGCUCUAGUUCGAUUACAUUUAGUAAGUUCAAAAAAGUCCGAAAAAGGAAGACUAUCUAUUCCCAGAACUAUCUUGUAGCACGAUACAAUUCUUAUGAUGAUAGUUCAGAGAAUUUGGUAUUGGAUCAAUUACUGAUUACCUAACAUAUAUUUUUCUUAAUUCUCAUCACUUGUCUGCUUGAUUUUGUAUCGACACUCUGAGUAGAAAUUCUGUCUUGGUCGCUCAUGGGAGUUAAAAGGUUUAAUUUUUUCUUGACCUAAAAAGUGUAUUUGAAAGAUCAAGAUCAGAUGAGUAACUUUCUCUUGCACAUGCCGUUUAUUUUUUGUCAAUUAGUCAAGAGGAUUUGGUUUUAACUCCCAAGAUAUGACUGUUAAUUUCUCCCUCUACCUGCUACACAUUUCCUUGUAACUUAGUAACAAGAAUUUGUUGUUAGAUCAAGAUCACAACUUCUAGAUGAUAAGUUUAAAUAUUCUCAUUACCUUUUUAUGGAUUAAUGUAUGGAUAUUAUAGGGAGAAGUUAUAUGUUAAUUACUUCUGGGAGUUAAAAAGAAUUCCCCUACAUAUUUGCAAGACAUCACAUUUAAGUUUUGAUAAUUUAGGGAUGGUUAAAUCACCUGAAGAGUUUAACAGUUAAAGAAAAUAAUGUUGUGAUGACAAAGUUGCAGUGCUUUGAUGGUCCAAGGUGCAAAAUGUUUCAGGGGAAAGAAGAUAGCAUGUUUCUUUUGACAAAGAAAUAAUUUAUUUUAUACAUACUGAGAUUUACACAUUAAAAGAAACCCUGCUAAAAUUGGUGCAAAUUCACAGCCAAUCAGGAAAGCAAAUGACUGUGAUAUAGACAGUGGUACUUCACAGUGGAGGGCAACAAAGCAUGUGGCUUUCUGUUAAACAAAACUAAAAGCAAGCUGUUUUAUUAAAACUAUUUUAUAAGAACAACACCUUUUGAUUUAUAACACAUUUUUAAAAUGAGAUUUGUGCAUUGGUUAUUUUUAGAAACAAGUUUGUCUUAUUUGCAUUGUGCUGAUAAAAUUCCCUUUUCUCAGAUGUCAGGCACACCAAUCUGAUACCAAUUUUGUACAAACCUUGUGAAAUACCAACAAUUUUAAAGUUCAUCACACACUUGGACUACACAAGCAAAGAGGCAAGACAGCAUUUUUGGAAUUUGUUGACUAAGGCACUUGGUUGUAGCAAUGGAUGUGCAUACAAUGGAAAAAAGUGAUGGGCUAAUAUGCUUUUGAAACUGUAAUUACUGACUUUGCUCUCGACCUCAUUUGACUCUGGUUUCAGGAUGCCAAGUCUUCAAGAGAAAAUCUAUAUGGUGAUAACAUAUGGAGUUAAUGAUAAAUAUUUUUGACAAAGUAUUUUAUCUGAUCUCAGUUAAAAAUGUGCAGGUAGUUUCAUAGUUUGAUAAGAAUUUGUUACAUGGCUAAUGUUUAUAAAGUACCUGAUAUCUGUUCAUCAUGCUGUAAUUGUGAAAGAAAUGUCCUGUGCUCAUGACCAGAUGAAAAAAUAUCUUUCACUAUCUCUUUACUGCAUCCAAAAUUAACCACCUCUCUUAUUCUCAUAUGGUUAUUUAAUGACCUUUAACAGGUAUCUGUAGAUGUUAUAAUGAUUCUUGAUGAUGUUACCAUUUCUUAUAUGUAUAUGAAGAAUUGUAAAUAGGAUUCAAACCCUCUAUGGAGAAUGAAGCCAGAAACAUUUUCAGUAAAAUGUGUUUAGAGUUUGAAAUAAUCCUUUAACUGGAAAAAGUUUCAGUCUGUGUGGAAAUUUUAGGAAUCAUUUUAUCAGUCAUUUAGCUGUAGAAGACCUAGGCCCUUGUUGAAGAGGCUUUGUUCAACUUAAAAAUAUAACAAAUAUGUAGAAUAUAAAAAAGUUUUCUGUCAAUGCUGUUAGUCUCAUUUUUGGUUUUGGAAAUGUAGACAAUGAGCCUAGGAUAUUGUAAAUAAGUAUUAUAGAAGUAAAUUUUUAAUUAUAUUUUUAACUUCUGUGUGACAUGUUUUGUGUAGAAUGUGUUAAAAUUUGAUAACAUGACAUGAAAAAUAACCCUAGCAAGUGAAGUCCUAGUUUUCUUAAAAUGUAACAUCUGACAUUAACUUAUAGUUUUUAUAGUGUACAACCAUGAAUUUUUUUUAAUAUUUGAAAGCAAUUUUGUUUCAUUUUAUCUUUGUUUGGUGUAAUAGCUGAAAGUAUUAAAGUUAGAAAGAAUUCUUGUUUCCAGCCUUUCGAAGCUUUUUUCAAGUCUAUUCUGAGGCCAGGAUGGGGUUUUUGCCCAGAGUAGGGGCAGGUACUUCCUAGUAAUGGGUUGAUGGGAUUUUGCUGCUGAAUGUGAUAGCAUUUUCACAACUGACUAUAGUAAGGUUGAACUCCAAAUAGAGUUCCUGGAGAGGUAUUGAACAUUUUCAAGAAUUAGGGGAUAAGGAGAUCAAGGUAAGUAAUGAUUAAAAAAUUAGAAGAUUCACAGGUAAAUAUUUGUAACCAAAUUUGUUAAGAAUGAUUGAGAUAGGGUCUAUAAUACGCCAAAGAAUAGACUUAUACAGGGAACAGGUUCUGAGAGGCUACUGGCACAUACUUGGCAAAAAUCAUCUUCCCAGUACUGAGAGGCAACAUCAAAUUUAAGCACAGUUAGCAAGACCAAUGUAUGUUGAGACAACGAUAUCACGACAUUAAUAUCCUGCUACACUCACUGGAUCCUCUCAUAAAGUAUCAAUACACUUUGAAGGAACUUGAACGUUUUCCCAAAAAUUUGCGAAAGCAGCCUCUGUUAAACGUGGACUGCUGGCAAUUUGCUUCUCUCUCGAGGUGGUGCAAACUCAAAAUGGGGAAAAAAAUUUGGGUCGUGCUUGUCUUGGUUUGAAAAACCCAAAAGAGAAAAAUGUGCCUAAUUGAUAUAAAUUUAGCAAGUGGAUUCCAUGUUGCCAUUCGUCUGCUCAGAAAUAAGUCAUAGAUAGCGUCAAAAUGUGGUAAGAGUAAAUAAGUGCUGCGCCUCGUAUGCUACUUUUCUGUUGUUACAACAUUUUGACAGACCUAAGACCACAUGGAAUCUAUUUUUUAAUUAAUGAUUAAAAAAAAAAGCAAAACGUUGUAGGUGGUGACGUCAUCUAUGCGUCUGUCCUGUAAUAGAUCAUUAACAAGAACCAAUCAAAAUGCGUGAGAAAAAGAAGCUAAUUCAUCGAAAGAUAGGUGUUUCUACAGCCAGAAAUGGCAUCUUAUUCAAAUAACAAGUGUCCAGGCUCUUUCCGAGAAGAAGCAGGAAUUAGGCCUUGCUUUGGACCUUUGACGUAAUGCGGUCACAACAACACGUGAUUUUAACGGAAAAGGACGUGAUGUUAGGAAAUUCCUUUCGUUGAGUUUUGUUGAAGCUUGUCUGGUGUGGUCUCAAAGCUCUUUUGGUUCACCGCAUCUACGUCCUUCAAGUAAGUUAGUGUAUUCUAAUACAGCCACAGUACUCUCUCUAAGUACUUAAACAAUCUUACUAAAUAUGUAAAAGCGCAUUCGACGGCCAUGUUGUUUCCUUAUCUUACAUCCUUGCAUUAACUCAUUGCAAUUUUGUUUGUGGUAUUGAUCACUUAAAGUAGAUACACAAUGAACGGAAGUCUAGGACGUUGUAGAGAGAUCCUUUGUUAGAAAACUCAGUCGAAAUUGAAGUGUCGUGCUGUGCAUCAAAACUACAAUUUAUGAUUCCGAUUUAGUUUAUACAGUGACAGAUGAAACGUAGAUUAUUUAUGUCUGGUCUUCGAUCGGCCUGUCCUUUUCCUUGUCGCUGUAAAGCUUAGGACAAGAAUUUAAAACUUCGAAACAGAAAUUUAAUGUUUAUUUAUAAGCAACGGAAAGUAUUUCUUGGUAUCAACGGUUGAAUGUAUUUCCCCCGAAAUUGCAGCGGACAGUACAACAAAUGUUUUGGCAUUACUCGGCCAAGGAUAUUGCUAGUCGGAGAUGUCGCCUGUUACGAUUAACCUUCUCAUGUAAAUUUUAAGAACUGUGCAACACUCUGUGGAAAAAAUUAUCUUCUGAAAGGUUUGACUUUUAAACAGCUGAUACUAAAGUGUGUGAAACUUUUAAACAGUGCUUUAGUUAAUCUUGUGGAACUGAAUUUCAACGUUGCAGUGAAGGUCAUAAGCUUAAAAUUCAACAGGAAUUAUGCAUGUUUUGAAUAGCGAUUUGUAUGUUAAUAUGGAGUCAACCAUGAUUAUUAAACCAAAUUCAAGGUUUGUUGUCGGGGUUAUCCAGAUUUUGAUGGGGCAUUCUUGUAUUUCUUAAAUGUGAUUAGUAGGUAGAUAGUGUGAAAUGUCCUAUACAUUGUGAAUUCAAACUGUUUAAUAAUUAGUGUACAGACAGCGUAAAGCAGAUGGGAAGUACUUCAACUUUAACCCUUUCGUGUUGAGUACAAUUUUGUUAUCUUACUGUUACUAAGGUCUUUGUCUGUUUGUAAAUUGUCAGUAAAGUUAGUUGUUUAUUAACAAACAUUAAGCAAUAUUGAUUGAAAUAUAACUGUAAGGUUACUGUAGUUUCUCGGAUAUAAGGUGCACGGUUUUUUCAAGAAAAUUCUGUCCUUAUUUGGAAAGUUAAUGCUGAAAUUGAGGUGUGUCUUAUAGCCAAGUAAGUCAUCUGCAGCUCACCAGAAAACAGGACAUGUUGCUGGUUGCAUCAUUUUCUCACCAUGGAUUCUGAAAUGCUGUAUUCAUGGGCAAUUUCAUAAUUUUUGUUGAAUGCCUCGGCUUUGGCAAUGAUUUUCAACUUGAAGUUGAGGUCAUGUGAGUGAUGGCGAGUGCUUGGCAUAUUUGCGACCGAACAAGAAGUUGAAGUUUACCUCUGACUGUUUAUGAUGAGAAUGUAUCAAUUAGUUUUGCAACUGAGUUUUAAAUCAGUCAGUUGAUGUUUAAUAGAAUGAAAUCAGGUCAUUGAAUAUUUAUUAUUUAAUUUGGAAAAAGAAGCGUGUUUCCUAAGCAGGAAGACUGAAAUAAACAAAUAUGUGUUUAAUGUUUCUCAUUACAGGUGAGAAAUUUUCUUGGUUUUUAUGUAGAUCAUUAAAUGUGAGACUUUUUCACUUUUAUUUACAUUAACAAGAGAGUUUGCACACCAGUUGUGUAGGGAUAAUAAUUUAUUGUUCUCAGUUCCAUUACAUCCUUUUGUUAACUCACAACCUUUUGGUGCGUCUUAUAACUGCGUAUUUUCACAUAAUUUUCAAUUUAAGAACUUGGCUUGACUAAGUUGCUAAGUUUGGGGUGCGUCUUAUAACCAAGUACGCCUUAAAAUGCCUUAUAACUGAGAAACUACGGUAAACAAACCUCCAAUGAUGGAACAAAUUGUUGUAAAACAAUCACAAAUGAAAGCUAAGUUUUUUUUUUUGUCUCACGAUGUACUCACAUGUGAUAUAGAUCACGACAUUUCAACUGCAUACUGCUGGUCUUCCAGGGUGUGAAAUUAACUUUUUUUUCUGAUAGCCACUUGGCUCCUAAAUUCUUCAAAGUGGUAGCCAAUUCAAAAGAAGUUGGUCGCCAUUUUCAAAGACAAACAAAAUCUUUCUUUACGCUGUCAGCGUUCUAGGUAGAGCCUCCAAAAUUAAGUUAGGGAAAAGAUCUUUAUGUGCUACAGAGUGGACACUAGGAUGGAUGAUAUACAACGUUCAGACUCAUCUAAAUCCAAGAUGGCGUCUAGUUAUUGAUCGAGAUGCAUUUGCUACGUUUUGGAAACAAACUUAACGAGGAAGUUUGCCAUGGAUUUAUCUUUGCAAAUCUUUUUAAUUCACUAUAUCUCUUGGUAAGGUUAUGAUGAAACGUUCUAGUCGCCAAUUUGGCGACUGACUUUCAGGAUUUGGUCGCCAAAAUGAAAAAUUUAGGCGCAUUGGCACCUGUAUUAGCUGCAAUUUCACGCCCUGUCUUCUUUAGGCAAUGAGGUUGACUGGUCCUGCGGGAUCUUAUAAGCAUGAUGCUCUGCUGUGAUUAGUUGUUUUUCAACAGCUCUGAUUGGUGCAUUUCGAUCCUUGCUGUUUCACUCAGUUCUAAGUCAGGAGAAACAAACAAAAAAAACUUAGCUUUUAUUGUUAUCCACCACAAUGAAUAACCACAACCUUUUUUAUGAAAUCGCAAAUGAUGUUUACAGUUAAAAUUUAUUGGCAGAAAUGGGAAUGAAAUAUUAGUGAAGUAUAAAAUCAAAACAUAUUUCUGCUAUUUUAAGGAAGGAAUUUUGUACUCUCUGCCAUGUUGGGAUAGUGGGACAGUUCACAGUUACCAUGAUUCUCAUUGACUCCUGCAAACAAAGGGGCUAUUGUGUGAUGAUAGUAGUGAAAACCAAGCUGUAUGUCAUUGGAUCUAAAAUGGCCUCUUUACCCCAACUGGCACUUUUUGAACAAACUCUUGGAACAGGUCUACAAAAUAGCUGUAUAGUUGGGUUUAAGUUCUUUUAUCUUAAUAUGCUUUUUAUUAGUCUUGCUGUAUAUCAUUCAAAAGUAAAAGGAAUCAAAGAUAGUGACACAGGUGGAAUAAGGCAUCCCAGAACCCCUUCCUAUUUACACCCCUUGCAUUGCUCUACACCUUUAGUUUUUGACAUUUUGAAAUUGUAGAAUGGAACAGACCAAGGCAAAGUGUAAGUGUAAAAGAAUCAAAGACAAGGCUAAGAAACUUUUCACAUGGGGACGACAGUCAGAGGGAAAGAGCAGUAAGAGUAACAAGUCAGAUGACACAGGCCAUACAGUUGGUUCAACUGUAUUAGGUUAGUGAACUUCUAAAUAGUUGUUGAAGUCAUGUUGAAGUAUCUUACUUAAUAAUCCAUGUAUUGGAGAACAAUUAAGCUCUGUGUGCUUAACUUGUAUGUUGUGUUAUUUAUGAGUACAAACAGUUUAUCUCUCACAUUUGAAAGUCUUCACCAGGCCCUGGUUGUUUGAACAGUGGAUGAUGCUGUCCAUUGUAUACAUGUAGAUCUCCAUCUAGUGGAAAGUGCGGUAUGUUUUGUUGCACUUAUUCACUUAAUAGGGACAUACCCAUUGGAUAGCAUUAUCUGUCCUUUGAACACCAGGACCCAGAUUUCGAAUUAGAUAAUUGGUCCUUUAAGUUAUUUGACAUACAUUUAUGUCACAUCAAUUUACUUACUUAAUUAUCCAGACUUGUGGGGACUAGGUUUAAUAAUCUGGAUAAUCAAGAGUCUCAGUAAAAAAAAAAUGAUUAUAAAUGUUUAAAGCUAAUGGGAUCAGAAAAGCAAGUCUGGAUAAAAGAAAAGUCUGUACAGUUGAGAUUUGACUGUACAAAUUUACAGGGAAUUUGUAUCUUCUAAGGUUAUUUACCAGUUCCUGAAAUUGAUCUCUCAAACUCAAAUGUCUCCAACAAGUUUAGGUAGACAAUUACUUGUAUUCCAAAAAGUUCUAUGUGCUAUUUUUACAUGGCAUCACUUUAUUCAAAAUUUAGUUGCUGUAGCUUCCAAGAAAGCAUUUUAGGUGUGUUUGUCAAUAGUUAAAAAAGCAAUUUGCACUGCUCUCCUAUGGAGUUUCACACUAAGAUUGUUUUUUGUUGCCUGCAGAUGAUGUUGUUCCACCUGAAAGAAGUGAUGUUGAUCUUACACCUGAUCCUGAUAUUCCACCUUGUGAUACUGUUGCUCUUCCGUUAGAUGGAGAUACACCCCUAGCCACUGAGGAAAAGCUCCUUAAAGAUAUGUGUACGAAAGGUCAUGAACGGUUGGUUGUUCUUUUGCAACCAUCGUGUCCACUUGGAAAUGAUUACCGGUUAUUGGCUGCAAAAAUGGGAUACACAAAUGAAGAUAUUAAACUUCUUGAAAGUUCACAUGAACCCGUGAAAGAAUUAUUGAUAAAAUAUGAUACAGGGAGGAGAACAAUUGCGGAACUGGUAUCACUUUUACAACAAAUAGACAGACCAGACGUAGUACAGGACCUUCAGCCAUAUAUAGGUAGGGCAACCUUUUUCUUUUGAAAGGGAAUAAAAUUGUUAUGGAGGACAUAACUUGCGUUAAAUGCUAACAUUGAUUCUUAUUUCAUACCUGCUGAGAUUUACACAUAUGUUUGUCAAUCAGAGAUGCAGACCAAUUAACUCCAGUGCUUGGUGGCCAGUCGGGCCAGUUUUCUUGAAUUCUUAGUGGCCCAUCCCAAAAUGAAGAUGCCCUCGAUUUCCUCUAGUUUAAAAUGAAAAACUUGAAUAAACGCCCCAUGGUCUUAAGUGGUGCGUAAAUUAAAAGGAAAGAACACAAAAGUCCAGAGUUGUGUGGCAAUCACAAAAUCAAAAUGGUGUCUAUGAGCUGUGAAUGUGGAUUGCUCGUGAAAUCACUGUUAAAACAGCUCGGAAUUUCCACUUCAGAACUAGAAAUUCACUAAAAUGUGAGAAGAGAAAGGUAGUCCAAUUAAAUUACAUAUUGAGUUCUAUUUUUAACUUUGUACUUUGCAUAAUUUACAUCGCAACUUUUCUAAAUUCUGUAGCAUAGUAGUACAUCGGGCAUUCAAACCUUAAUUUUUGGUGGCCCUGGUCAGUUUUAACUCGCCAUUGGCAACCUUGCUACUGCCAAUUUUUAGCCCUGCUUCACAGUCCAAUCUUUGAAAUGUGUUGGUCAUUAAGAAAAAAUCUUUGUAUGUAUGGAAUAAAAACAUCAUAUUAUGGAAAGUGCUUGAACAAUUUUUAUUGCCAUGCAUCAAAAACUCACUCAUUUGCUGCACUUACUCAUUGGAUUUUUUUUAUGCAUUGCAACUCAUGAAUAAAAAUUAUACUUGUGUAUUUUCCAUGGAGUAAUCUCCAUUAACUACAUGUUCAAUUCUGAAUUAUUUGAUUUCAAGUCAUUAAAUGUCAGAUAUUAAAUACCAUAUGCUGUGUAAAGGAGUGGAGAUGGUUCAAUGGUGAGAGCACUUUCCUCCCAUGGCUGUGACCUGGGGUUAAUUCCUACACCCAACAUUGUAUGAGGAUUGAGCUGACUCUUGGUUCUAGAUAGGUUCAAAGGUCCAGAGUCUUUCAUAUCACCUUGUGUUGCUUUAAAAUUGAAACUUAUUACAUCUCCAAUUAUUACAGAAAUUUAUCCCUAUGGUAGUGUGUUUGUUGUCCAUUUAUUAAAAAAAUGUAAUUUAAGGUAAAAUACCUUAACACAAAACUGUAGUGAUGGUUCUGUAUACUUUUAAAUCUUGUUACACAUUCAUUUAAUUGACAUUUAAUUUCAAAUUGUAUUUAAAAGUUUUUUUUGUUUAAAAAGUAUGCUAGUCUAUGCCACAGAGCAUGUUUCUGCAGCAGCACAUACUGAGUUUGUAUUGUAAUGUAGCAGAAAGAAUGGAGACCAUUUUUGGUACCACUAACUUUUCUAGGGAGAGCAAAUUUGUGGCUCUCUUGCUCGAAGAAAAAAAUUGAGAUACUUAAAAAAAAAUACAUGAUUGUUUUAUUGCUUAGUUUCCUUUUUACUAAAGAAUAAUUCCCUGAUCAUCCACCUACUGUUUUUUAUUCUGCUUACUCCUGUAUUUUCAGAUUCAACACUUACUCCAAGGGAGAUACAAGAGCGAAUGCAUCUGACCAGUACGUAUUUAUGUCAUUAGAUAGAAGAAGGCCUUUUGCUUGUGUUUAGGUUGGUAUUUCAGCCCUAAGCCUUGCUUUUAGGGUUGAGAAUUAUUGUGGAUUGGAAAGAAAGUAUUCCUAAAAUAAUGAAAUCUCAAGAAAUUUGUACGUGAAAACAUCUUGUGUCAUUGAGUUUUAGUGGUGAAUUUUCAUGAAAUGAUGUCAUUGUGCAUAAGGUGAAAACUAUUGUUGCAUGACUGACAUUCACAAUCUGUUGUCUCCCAAGGCUUGAAUUUUUUUAUACGCUACACUUGUAUACAUUGGCAAAGAGCUCUUUUGAUUCAUGUCCUCAAUGCCAUCCAUGAAAAUUUUGAUCUGAUCUUUGCAAACUGUACAUUUUUGUCUGUUGUCUUUUUUUGUAGAUACCAAUGUUGUACAGAGGACAGGUAAGUCAAAAGAUUAUUUUUGUUAGAGACGAGGAAAGUUGUGUUUAUGGUUUACAUACAAAAAUAAAAAAUCGCCUUAUUAUACUCACUAUGCUAUACUAAACAAUGAUCCAGUGAUCUUUGUGACGUAAUUUUGUAGAAUUUAGUGCAAUUUCUCCAUUUUUUGGUAGAGAAUACAUAUAAAUUUGUGGAUAGAAAGAAGAGAGAUGGCAAGUUUUGAGCUUAAAACUUACCAUCUCUCCUAUUCUAUCUACAAACAUCACACUAUCGACAUUGCUGAUCCUAGCAGUAUGCAGGACACAUGUCAUAUGAACUUUGUAGUAGACCUCGCCCACCACGGAGUCUCUGUGACUCAGUGGUAGAGUAUCGCAGCACGGAAUCCAAAGGUCUGAGGUUCAAUUCCUCAUGAGGACUCAGACUUUUUUCUUUGGCCCACACUCAUGACAAGAUGAAAAAAACAUCUUUCUCUAAUACAUAUAAAGUUGUAAAUUUUUAUAAUCAUCUCAGCGUGUGAAAUGUUACAUUGUAGAUGUUUUCAACGUCAAGGUGUGUAACUAGUAUGGAUCCUCACAUCUGUUGAUUUGACUCAAAUAUUGCUCUUCCAAAAUCGUCCCUGUUUACACAACAAGCGAGAUACAUUUUAGAGGGAUGUGUAGAAAAAAAGCUCAAAGUGACCUCUAAGGGACUGCUAGAUUCUCAUUUCAAAUUUUAUUGUAUUUUUUUGGGAUAUGCAAGAAGAAUUUGAAGUGGCAUCAAAAGUCACCUAGCAGUGUAAUUUCCUUUACCAGUUCAGUAUAGUUAUACCCAGUUAAUGAUAUGGUGUUUUAUUUUCAUAGUCAAAACUUUUUAUCAUGCAUUUGUCUGCUUUGCUGACGAAGACAAACCUUUUGUGGACAAACUUGUCAAGAAAAUGGAAAAUAAACGUAAUCUACACCUCUGUUGGCCUGAGCGGGACUUUUUACCAGUUGGCUCUCAUCUUGAAACAACUGCUUUGGCAAUUGAGCGAAGAUGUAACAAAUUUAUUGUGAUCCUGUCCCAAAAUUAUGAAAAUAGCCAAGGAGCCAUAUACCAGGCACAAAUUGCCACGAGUCUUGCUCCAGGUUAGUAAAAUAUUGAUUUGUUAAUUAAAUAUUUUUGAUAAUGAAAGCAAACAUCAACCAAUAGGUGUAAACCCUUUCCCACCUAAGAAUGAACCAAAUAGAAUUUUUCCUUUCAAGAUAAUUGCAUUUUAAAACAAAAAGAUUACAAGAAGGAAGAGCAAUUAUGAUGUUAACUAGGAUAAAUUGUGUGAUUUAGCACAAAAUUCUCAGAGCUGAGAGUAACAAAAAAAAAAGGGAGUAUGGUACUCAGUAAAUAUUUUUGUUAUUGAGAUCUGUGAGUUGUGAAACUCUGUGAUCAAUAUGAAGAUAGAACUCCCUCCAUUUCUGAGCCAGUCAGAUGAAAACUAGAUAUAAUCCUGACUUUGCUUUCUCUGAUGUUCAUUAUUGUGACUGUUUACUGUUUUAGGUCUUAACAAAGUGACUCUGAAAUUUACUGUGAGUCAUAUCAAUUGGCUGCUCUGAUAACUUUAGUUUCUGGUUUUCCUUUCUGAAUAUGUUGUUAAUAACCCACUUCAGGUGGCUGGUAUUUUGGCCAAUAAUGUCUGCCACAGAGAAAUUGUCUGAAAAAUGAAUAUUUGGCUGAGAAGUGAAGCUUCAAGGGCAGAUGUGAAAUUUUUAGGACAAUCUCUAAGCCAAGGACACUAACAGCCGACAUACCAGCUCGCUAGAAGGAUUAUGUUAAUUUUAUAACCCUUCCUUCAUUUUCAUUGACAACUAAUUUUUUUAUACUUUCUGGAGUAGCAUUUGAGUUCAGCUCUUUUAAUGUCAGUAUCAGUGGACUCUACAAAAGAAGUUAGUUUUUCUUCAAUGUAAAGUUAAAAAAAGAUGAAAAAGUGAGUUUCUGAGCCAGCUUUUUCCGCUGGCUUUGUUUCUUUUGGAUGGAAAUAAUUGUUGGGCAAAUAUGGACCUAAACAGGGAUUAUUGCUAGAUAACUGUUCUGUGAUUUUGCACCACAUGACUUAAAGUAGCCAGUAGAAUUGUGAUGUAAAUAUAAGAAAACCUGUGAAAUGAUGAACAGCUCCCUGUUGGGUUGUUAUCUCUGUUGGUAGAGUGCUGCACCAGUAUUGCAGAGGUCAUGGGUUCAAAUCCCAUACAGGCCUGAAUAUUUUUCAGGCCUUAUUUUCAGUACUGCUUAAGUAGUGUUCAUAACUGUGAGAUGACUUUCAUAUUCAUUUCUUUAUCCACAGUUCACAUGUAUGAUUUUCAUAUAUUUACAGUCAGUUUCAUAUAUUUUGUUUCACAGGUGCCAAAGAGAAGCGAAUUAUACCAGUGCUCAUUGAUGAGGGUUAUAGAUGCAGUAUUCCACGAACCCUUUCUCACAUUACCUACCUUGAUUACCUCAGGCAGGAUGAGAGAAACUUCUGGAAUCUGUUGUGCCAAACUCUCACGUGCAAUAUUUGAAUUUAAGCAUUGUGUACAGAAUGUUAAAUCUGCUGCGUGAUUUUGGUCCUAGAUGCUGAGUUUUCCUCAAUUUAUUUUCCCUUCUAGCUUCAACUUAUUCCCUUGUAAAUUAGUUCCAAGAAUUUGGUGAUAGAUCAAGAUAUCAACUUCUACCUGUCUAAGUUUGAGUAUUCUCAUGACCUGUGUGCUGGAUGAUGUUUAGAUAUUAUUGGAAGAAGUUGUAUGUUAAUCACUUCUGGGAGUUAAAGGGUAAAUCUAUGUGGGCUUAAUCAUGUAUCAUAUGUUUAACAAUUGGUUCAUAUGUCAGCAUGCAUUCAUCAAGAUAUGAAGCAUGCAGGAAGCUUGGAGAGCAUGAAAGUUGUGUAAGAGUAGCUUGAGGCGUAGCACAGCUGACGUAUGAACCAAUUGUUUUAUAACAUUUUCCACCCGAUGGAAAAAAUUUUUUUCUCAAGGGAUUUGUUUGCUGACGUCAUGAGCAUGCACAAUAGGAAUAUGAAGCACGCUCGUGCAAUUGAAUUUGAUUAGACAAAUUUACUAACUAUGUUAUAAAAACCCUUUAGCAUCCUCUGUUUGAAGGUGUGAGUCUGUUGAUGUACUUAAUAUCCAAAACCACCCUCUACUCCCAAACUUUUCUUCCCAUUUUAGCACUGUGCAAAGAACCUUUGUCAACAAACACAGUAUCUUAGUAAAUUGUCAGCAUGUCUGUGGGCAUCCAUUGCAACUGGCCAUAACACAGUAAGCUUUCACAAAAUCUAUUGGGUAGCAAUGGUUUCUGAGUGUAAUAGCAGAGGUGUAGAAUAAGUGUAGAAAAAAUAGUGUUGUGAUCAUUCAGGUUAGAUUUUUUGAAAUGUUAGUUCUGCCCUUUGGUCAUUUUCAGUCAUUUUUUUCAAUCAUUCUAUGUAUCAGUAGUGUUAAAUUUUGAUUUUAUCAAUUUAUCUGUUUCAGACAUAGUUAUUGAUAGUAUUUGAUGGUCUCAAUUUAUAGGCCCAAGAUCCUUUACUGUUUUGCAUUCAUGAGAAGAAUUUUCUCUUUACUUAAUUACUCACUUUAUAUCUUGAAGAAACUGUUAAGAGUUUGUGAUUCAUAAGUUUAUACAUUGUAGAUUAGGACCUGGUUGUUUGAAGGCUGUAGAACUUUAGCCAGUGGGUGAAUUGCUAUCCAGUGGACACCACAUUAUGUUUUGUAAAUACUUAUUCAUUGGGUGGCGAUUUAUUGAGUGAAUAGAGUUAUAUAGUCUCUGAACAACCAAGAUUAGGAUGAUAUAAUCAUGAAAUGAUUAAAAAAAUGCAAUUUCUAAAACAUUUCUGUGAAACUUAGAUAUUUACUAUUAUAAUAAAUUUGUUUGUGUCAGACCAUUGUGAGAAUAUCUUUAUUACUACAAUUACAAAUUUAUACUCUGAUGUAUAAAUGCAAUGAGAUGAUUCUUCAGCAUUUGUAUAUACUGCAUAGCAAAAAAAUGGUGUAAAUAUUUUAUUUCAAAACAAUUUUUGAUUAUUGCCUUAUGUUCAGAAUUAUUAUUUUUAUGCCUUGUUUAAUUUAGGAUAUGUAUUUUGCUCAAUUGGUAACCACAUAGUGUGAUAAAAAGUGUGUAUAUUUAGAGACAAAAAGCUAAUUUUUUUUUUCAUUAAACUUUUGCAAAAUCAAAAUGGCUGUACUGCUAUGUUACUGAAGUUUUAAUAAAAGGUGAAUUUUGACAAGCAGAUUGCUAUUUGAGAGCAACAGAUGAGGGUCAACCAAACUUUUCCCAUGGCAGGAGUUUUUGUCACAUAAAGCCUUAUUUUCAAGAGACUGCUGUUGGUAUGCUAACAUCAACAAAUGAACCUAACUUUUUACACAAGAAAGGGAAUUGAACCAUUCAAGGGAUUUUUACUCCAGCUGCUAGUGGGUUUUGAAAAUUUGGAAUCUUAUUGAGCUAUACUCUAUCACAUAUUGAAUUCCCCUUUAUAUGCUGAACACAAAAGCGUUGGUAUCAUAUUAAGAAAACACCAUUCAGGUAGUAAGGCUGUCUCCCCAUCUCAUUUGCCUAGUAACAUACUAAAUUGUUGUUGAUCCUUUCUGGGAGUGAAAGGGAUAAAAGGUGUUUUUCUCCUUUUGGUGGGGCAUAAAUUUCAGUAUGCAAAAUGAGAUUGCAUGUAGGUGAAUGAGAAUGGUGACGAAGGAUGACCACGAAGUGGGAGUCCAAUUUGUUAAUCAUGAGUAUGAUUACGGACAGAAUUGGACAACACAAAGUCCUUUUACCAAUUAAUCAAAACUAUUACGAAACUGGAGAAAAAAACUAGACAUUUGUUAUAUGCUCUCCAAAAAAAAAAAAGACAAUGGUUAACUCUGCAAAACAGAGACAUCAACUUUUUAACUGUUCAAGUCAACAAGUGACACCCUCUGUCCAAUUAGUGCCCAAAUCAGGCUCUUGACAAUCAAUCAUGUUAGAGAAUUUUGUUACAGUUUUGAUCAGGCAUAUAAUCCUUUAUCCAGAGGAUUAUUUAAGCAGACAUCAAAAGGCUUUUUAACUGUUCAACAGAUCUUAAACUGUCCUCCAAGCUUAUGGAAAAACCUAGGGUGGGGCUCCCUAAACAUCUGCUAUCUAGACACAUUGAGUUCUCUGCACCUGGCAGGCCACAGGAUUUCCAACUGACAAGUGUGUGGAUUAACACAAAUUUUAAGAAAUUUAGAAGGGAUAUGUGUGUCGAGCUAUUGUGGCCAAAAAAAGACCAGAGGACCUCAACCCUGUCACUCCUAAGAACUGAUUAUUAAUUCUCUCCUCUAGCUGCAAUGCAUUUCCUUGAAAAUUAGUUAUGAGAAUUUGGUGUUAGGUAAAGAUAAUAACUUGUAACUGAUAAGUUUGCGUAUUCUCAAUAUCUGUUUGCUGGGUAAUGUAUCAAACUUCAAUGAAAUAAUUUGGGUCAACAGGCAAACUUUUAAGUUGGAAGGCCUUUUGUAUGAAAUUUCUGUUGAUAGUUCUUUCCAUUGCUGAAAACUGAAUUAUUCCACCAACUUUUUUAUUACCAGCAUGGAGGACAGCAAUUGGCUAGGUCAAGGGAGAUUCAUAAUUAAUUUUAGCCUACCAAAAUCGAGACGUAACAACAACCGUUCAAAAAUUAAAAACAAACAAACAAACAAAGCAGACAUAGCCCUUUUGCCGGUUCGCACAGCCAAAUCCUAGGUGUUUCCGAUGGGUUUCCGAAGAAUUUCCGAUGGACCUCCGAAGAAUUACCGAGAAAUUUACUUCAGAUAAAAUUUAUGGAAGGCGGAAGUGAAAGUAGGAAGUGGUCGAGAACGAAAUUCCGGUCACGUGAUAUCCAAGUGGGAGUCUUUUACGUCCCCCGUUCGUCCUCCAUUGCCUGGCUCGAAGAGCAACAUCUAACAGCUUUUCUCGUGGUCUGCGGGCCUUGUGCCCCUCAUGUAAGUAGAAAUUACAGUGUACAAACUUGUAGAGUUUUUACUAUUUUAUCGAAGCGGUGCUUAUCAAAUUUGAUAAGGUAUUUUUGUUUGCUCAUCUGCGGUGUUGAAAGGCCUACAUUUUUAAGUGAAAGUUGAACUCCAACCUUGCUGUCCGUUGUGUAUUUUGUUACUGUGGUGGUAGCGUGAAAAGGACCAUAUUCUGUUGUAUUGCGAUAGUAAAAGGAUCUCUGUCGUAUGAAAAAGAUAGAAUGAUCUCGUAGUGUUCGGUUUUGUUACAAUACUUUUAAUUUUCUUGUUUUGACCUUCGGUUUGCACGUUACAGAGCAGAGAUCUAAGAGUUUUUUCCAGUUUUUAAUCCGAUGAUUGAAGAAAUGCCUCGCGAAUCAAGAUUUUUUUAUUUAACAUCCCGCAGAAUGACUAGCCAUUAUUCUUUCUAAAGACAAUGCUUCGUGUUUGCUUGUCUUUGGUCACCGCCUGUAUUCUCUAACGAUUGAUUUCGAACGUAUGUAGUGUUUUUGAGUAUACAGACUAAAGAGAGAGAUUUGAAAGCAGAAUCGUGCAAAAUUUAGACUCUGAUAUUCUGUCUCGACUAAGUUUCUGGUCGUUAGCCUUCCCAGACAAAUGUGCAGUCCUCUAUUUCAUCAGCAUCACCGCGUUUUCUCAGAAAAUAAUUACUAAAAUUGACAAGUUGCCGCUCGGUUUCCUCGAAUAUUCUCGAUGCGGAGAUCUGUAUCACAUUUUAAUGAUUCAAGAAACUCCAACGGGUUUGUUUGCUUAUCUAGUACGGUGUAUGUUUAUGAUUGAUUGUGUGACCACAAUGUUAUCUUAUAAAGAUCGCUUUGCAAGUUAGAUCAGUCUUCAUCUGUCAUAAACUUCCUUGUUUGUUAACAAGAUAUUGAUUGGCUCUGGUGUUUUCGCUGGUUCGCGAGUUGCACAGUGACUGAAAUGAUUCUUUUGCUAUAGGAUGGAAGCAUUCAGAAAGUGGAAUUUCUUUGGAAAGGGAUCUCGGCUCAAGGCUAAAUUAAAGCGCAAAAAAACGCGACAACAUGGUGGAUGCAAACAGGAAAGUAGUGAAAACGAAUUGAGCUCCAAUCCACCACCGUCGAAUUCAGAGAGUAGCCAAGAAGGAACUCUUAAUGGCAAGGAAAAAUCCAAAGCAAACAAUUCUGGUGAAAGUGGGAUUGUGGAUUCAUGUGAGCAAAAGGAUGUGAGCACAAGUGACUCUGAUGAAGUAUCCCCCACAACUGUAGGUUAGUGAGUUCAAAAAAAUUUUUAUUAGUUUGUUUGUAAAGUUCGAGUAGUUGUAUACAGUCCCCCAAUCCCUAAAUGUAUUGACCAUAAGAAGGUAUUACUUAGCCCACAAACCAUGUGAGAUCUGGGAGGUAAGGCGAUAAAAUUGCAAAAUUAGUAACCCCUCACAGUCUUGAAACUGAACGUAUUUGGCACCCCAGAUGAUACAUUUCUUUGUUGGCUGUUGAAGUUCCUUCAACAAGGUUUCUUCCAUAUGAUAAUUUUUGUAACCUUCCUUAUCAUUGUCCUUGAUGGAGAAUCAAUGUUAAAUGAGGCAGGUAGCAAAUAAUCACUUCUAAAAGGUAGAAGAUUCAGCAAGAAAAUUAUUGCGUUCUCAAGGCUGACAUCAACCUUCUCCAGACAAUAGAAUGAAUUUCUUGUAAUCCCUGAUUAGUUAUUACUGUGAAGGAUAAAGUUUACCCUCUAACUCCAAAGAUCUUAUUGUUAAUUCUGCCUUCCAGCCGCUACACAUUUCCUUGUAAAUUAAUUAACAGAUUUUGCUUAUCAAUCAAGAUAACAACUUCCACCUGAUAAGUUUGAAUAUUCUUGUUACGCGUUUACUGGACAAUGUAUGGAUAUUAUAGGGAGAAAUUACCUGUUUACCAUUUUAAGAGUUAAAGGUUAAUGAAGGUCAUCAUCACCUUUUAUUAUUUUAAAACUCACUUUUGUGGGCUAAACAUGAUUCAAAACCCACAGAUCUUUCUUCAACUGAUGAUGAGAAAUUGCUCAAAGAUAUGCCUUCAGAGGUUUAUGAAAAGCUGGCUAUUCUACUGCAACCCACGCAUAUGCUUGGAAAAGACUACCGCUUAUUGGCUGAUAAAAUGGGAUACAAAUACGAGUACAUUAAGUAUCUUGAAAGUUUACCUCAACCAGUGAAAGAACUGUUUAUAAAAUUUGCAAGAGAAGAGAGAAGAACAAUUAAAGAGCUGUUGUCACUUCUAAAACAAAUAGACAGACCAGAUGUGGUGGAGGACCUUCAGCCAUAUAUAGGUAGGAUAAACUUUUUUCUUUUAGUGGUUGAUGGGUAUAAAAUUUUUUUGGUGGAUAUUGAUCAGCUGAUCUUAAAUGCUUAGAUGAAUAGGGCACAUCUACACAUUUGCAGAAGAGGUUCAGUUGUAAAGAUCUUUGAUUAUCAUAGAAACUCAUAAAAUGAGACUGUUAAUCAGUGUAUGCCAGGCAAGUUUAGAGUGCCUGUGCACAAUAAAAUAAUUGUGAGUUUUUACUGGAUUAUCAUUAUUAAACAUAAAACCCAGAUUAACUUUUCGAAUAACACAUUUUUUUUAACAUCAGAUUGUACAAAAUACAAUCUUGGGUUUUAUGGGUUUGGACUUUCAACUCAUGUAGAAGUGUACAACAAUUGUAAAGACCACAAGAAACCAACGAGAACUGAAAGUUGAAACAUGCAAACUGCCUUUGGUGCUGGAAUAUACCAGGAAACAAGUUACAGUUGAUUUUAGUUUGACAUUUGAUUGAUUGAGAGGGUAGAAGGAGUCUUUUUCUAAACAAAUCAAAGGAAAAACCUAUUAUAAUCAUAGAAAUUUGUGACACUAUACUGAAAAUCUCUUCCAUAGUAGAGUUAACCAUUAUUUAAUUUGGAUCAUUUUCAGAGAGAACACCUCCUCGAAGGGUGAUUGAAGAGCGAUUUCAAAAAUGUAUGUAUCUGUGUUUGACUGUAACUGUACUUUGUUUGUAUUUACUAAGCCUGCUUUAACUGAACAUUAUAUCAAGGCAGAAGCAGAAAACCUAAGUUAUGUGCUUCUGGUCAAAACCAUUAUCUAAAUCACUGUGCGAUAUCAUUGAAUGAAAAUCAAACAGACAGAAUUACAGCAAAAAGCCAAUUUCAUCUUUACUUUCAUUGUCUUUGUGCUCCAAGCAAUUAGAAGCUUCAACAACCUCUCCCCUGGCAACCCACAAGGAUUUGAUCGUCCUCUGUGCCAGGGGUUGGGGAAUUUGAACUAGAAUUGAAAAGUCUUUCUAGCAGAAUACAAAUGCUGUAUUAAAUAUGGAGGUGUUAACGUAUAUCCAGUUCAACCUAUUUAAAGCUGCACCAUAUUAAAUGGUCAGUUGUCAAGGUCCCAAAUUUUUUCCCUUAAUCACUGUAAUUUUCACCACUAUGUAGCAGUCACCUUAGUCUAUAAAACAGUGAGUCCCAACAGCCUGUUUGUAUUGUUUUCCACCUGAAUGAAUGGUCACCUAAAGAGGAACCACUUACAUAAAACUAACAAAAAUCUCUCAAGUAAAAGUUAAUUCAUGUUUCUCUCUGAAAAUCAAUGUUAGUAGUAUUUUUGAGCAAGUUUUUGUACAUAAAGUGGUCAACUAUGGUAUAGAAUAAGGUUUUUGUUGUUUUUAUAUCCACCUUGUUCUGUAGAACCUAUUUUAAUGAGUCAAACUGUACAAAGUGGUCACUCUGCCAUACCCCAUGAGUGACCACUUAAUACCAGUUUAAUUGUAGUUAGGGGGGGGGGGGGAAGGGGGGACAGGGUGGGGAAAUUUGAACAAACAAAUCUUCAUCAGUUAAAAUGUGUGGGGGGUUGGAUGUUGAAGUUUUGAAUUGUUGAAUUGAUCAACACAUUACUCCUUAGCUUAACUUCUCAUGUUUACAUUUUGCCUUUUUCUUCAAUCUGACCAAAAAAUGAUCACAACUGAAAGUGUCGUGCUUUACGACACCUUUCUGUCUGCAUGGUGCAUAGGAACUCUAACAGCUGUUUUGGGAACAGACUGGUUUUCAUUUCCAUUCUUAAACCAGUCAUUGAAGAUGACUGACUGUAAAAAAUGAUAUUUAAACAAGGGCCUUAUUCUUAGCCAGUGGCUGAAUUAGGGUGGCUGUUGUCAGUAAUUUUAAAUAACAUCAGUGUCUUUUAUCUCCAUCGUAUGUUCUUGUUUACAGCAAAGAUUGAUGAACAGAAAACAAGUGAGUGGACUAUUGUAUUUUUCUAAUUUGGUUUUUUUGCCAUCAAAUUUACCCAAUUUUUUGUAAAGAGCUCUUUUCAAUUGAGUGUUGUAAAACCAAACCAAGGUGAUAACGAUGGUCAAUCAUAAGAAUGGAAAACACAUGUGCCUUAUUAGAAAAAAAAAAUUAAACCCUUUACACCUUGGCAUCAUUAUGUAUACUCUCUAUACUUUUCUGUAUACAUUUCUUGAGGUGCUGAUGAGGAGAAUUUAUUUAACAAUCAAAGAGUUUCUUUAGUUGGUGAUCAUUUCUCUUAUUCCCAUGACCUUAGUGUGUGAUUCUGAGAUGUCAUUGUAAGGAGAAAUUAGAUGCUAGUCACUCUCGGGGGUCAAAGGGAACUCAAAGUAUUAACAAAGAAUGCGCGGGAAAACGUGGGCGACCAAGUCGUGAUUGGUUUAAGUUUUGCAUCUGAGGAGUACGAUUUUUCAAGGCCCAUCACAGAGGCUAGUAAAGCAAAACCAAGGCAACCCUGGAUUGCUAACGACAUAACUGAAAUUGCUCUAACACCUCAAUUUCAUUAUUGUAAAGGAAUUUGUUUGUGUUUCUAGUUCGUGAUUCUUAUGACGCAUUCAUAUGCUACGAUGAGGGAGACCGUGCUUUUGUGGAUAAACUUGUCAAGAGGAUGGAAAGUGAACCAUAUAACCGUCAUGUAUGUGAUACAAGACGAGAUCUCCUGCCUGGUGGUUCACGUUUUGAGGGAAUUGCCACGGCCAUCGAGAAAAAUUGUAGAAACGUGGUUCUUGUUUGGUCUAGGAACUACCAUGAUAGUGAAAAGGCCCGCUUUGAAUCAGAUGUAGCCAUGAGUAUGUCAACAGGUCAGUUGGACGGUCUUUAGAAAUGUUAUGUUUUUUAGAAUCAAACCAUUCAGAGAUUUGCUAACGUGAUUGAUUGACAGCUGUCUGAUUUGGGGUCCAAUAGGAGAGUGAAUCUUUCAUGCUCAAUCAAGUUAUGAAACGAGUUUUUGCUCGGCGCGAAAAGCGCGGGCCAUAAAUCUAAGCGUAAAAAUCGAGUUUCAGAAACUUCAAGUACGGACCAAGAAAACAACGCUGCAUGUAGUUAGAUAUUUAUCAUAUAUCUGGGUAGAAAACUUUAAUUUUAUACUCAAACAAACUUUUUGAUUCAGCGAGCCUUACAGCGAAAUCGCAGCCCACGUACAAACUGAGAGAUAUGAUAAAAGGAAAGAUUAACCAUUUUGCUCGUGAAAUGGGAUCAUACGCUGCAUUUGCGCAUGUUCUGGAGAUGAAUACAUUGAACCGAUGGGAAUUUGUUUGGUUCGAUUUGCCGAUUCGGCACAAUUUCGUUCAAAUCUCGGUGUGGUUUUUCUUUACUUUAAUUUUCUCUGGUAUGAAUUGAUACUUAACAACAACUUUAUCUCAGAAAAGAUGCUGAUGGUGACCUGUGUUUCAUUUUGCCUUCACAGGAACCAAAAAAAAACUUGAUAUCAUACCAGUUCUUAUUGAUGAUGGUUACAGAGACAAUAUUCCUCGUUCCAUGUCUCAUUUUUAUUACCUCGAUUACAAACGACUAGAAAAGGAAUUAUUCUGGAAUAAGCUGGCGAUAUCACUGGGCUGGAAACCACCUAAUCACUAUUGAGAGCGUCGAGUAACAAACUCAGCGAUGGACGUUCGCCCCAACUGCACACCUACCCCUCCCCUAACCCAACAACUGUCAACUGAGUACAACUUAGGGUUAAUGUUGGAUUAGGGGAGGGGUAGGUGAGCAUUUGCUAAGAAACUGACAUUGAUCCAGAUAUCCUGUCGCACAAAACAAUAGGAAACCGCACCAAACAGUCAAUCUGUUUUGAAGACCACCUUCUUGUUUCCUUAGUUAGAGGUAGAUAAUUUUCUUAAUUGACAAACGUUUAUUGCGAUGAGUGCCAUGAGGAUAGAGCUUUUUCUGAUGGGAUGUCGUAAAACCGAAAACUUAGUAGCAAGAGCCAAUGAAACUCAAGGUAAUUGGACUAACGUCCACAUUAAAAUAUGAGUGACUUCUCAACCAAUCACAAUUGAAGUUAGAACAAUUUUUAUAAUGACGCGAGAGUAAUGCAGAAUUGGCUCGGUUUUGCUUCACGCGACAUGUGAUUGGUUCAGAAAACUCACGCCAUAUUUUAAACAAUCAGAUUCAGAGGAAAAAAAUCGUGACUUGGUCACCUGCGUUCUCCCACGCAUUGAACAGUUUGCUUUUUUUUUUCUCUGCGUUUUCUGACUCUGUGUGAUUUUUUUCCUUUGCUUUGGUUGGCUGUUAUGAUUGUUUUGCUUUUGGUUUUACAAUCCGCAAUCGAAACGCGUACAAGGUCAAACGCGCUCAAGGUCAAACGCGCUCAAGGUCAAACGUGCUCAAGGUCAAACGCGCUCAAGGUCAAACGCGCCCAAGGUCAAACGUCCUCAAGGUCAAACGCGGCUACUGCUGGUUUCAUCUGACCAUUUGUCGGCAUGAACAGUAUAUUAUUGCCACAUAUGAAAUCACCUCUAGUGUCCUUUUAAUUAGAAAUUUGGUAGCUAUUGUAAAUAAGUCGGUAGAGGUGUUUUGGUUUGUUGUAUAUACUAUAUAUAGAUCGUCAUGUAUUAUAUAUACUCAAUCUUUGUGACGUACAUUAAUAUUUUUAUUUCAGCAUUUUUUCGUUUUAUAAAUCUCGUGUGUUAUCACAUGUGUAUGAUAUGUAUGAAUUAUUUUAACCCUUUCGCUCCCAAGAUCUUAUUAGUAAUUCUCCUUACUGACUGUCAAACAGUUUUGGUGAUACUAGUUUGGAUAAUUUGAUUUUGGAUCAACUUAAUGAUCCCCUAGUUGGUAGUUUUUCUUUGUUUUCAUCACUUGUUUACUUGUUAUUGUAUUGCAAUUGUAGGGAGAAAUUCUGUCUUGGUCACUCACGUGAGUUAAAGGGUAAUCGUUUUAAGUUUGGUCGGCAUAUAAGAGUUUGUAGUAUACAGAAAGAAAGUAGAAACUUUCAUUAGGAGGAAUUAUUUUUUUUGGCUGGAUGAGGAGGUAGUUGUCGGGUUGUUAAUAGCCAUAGGCUGCAUUCCUCGUGCUAAUCAGAAAACUAUUCUCCCCUCCCCCCCCAGUAAAAGCGUCCUUCUGGGAGGAGGGGAUCGUUGUAUGAUAUCUGAAGGAACGCCUGUGAAGUAAACCACCGGUACCUUGGAUCGAACACAUCAAGUCGAGGGUUCGUGGUAAAGUUCCUGAGGAAAAAAGGGAAAAUUAAAGCACAAACAAUUUUCUCUCGUAGUUUCACUGAGUAAGAUUAGCUUUCUUUUUCUGUUUUGACACAUCACAUUGAAAAACGAGGGAAACAAAACAAAACAUCGAUUGAAAAUACAUUUAUUAUAGGUUCACGCCUCGCGGUCAUGUCUUCGAUCCAAGGCCAGGUCACUUUAUUUGGGCUCUUCUGUUCAAUUGUUUUAAGUUAGGUUAAAACUACAAAUUGUAAAGCUGGAACCCUUUUGGCUUAGUUAUUAGAUGUUCCGAACAUAGGAAUCACGCAAAGAAAUAUACGGGACGUGUUUAAGUUACAAGAAUGUAAUGCGUGGUAAUCGUCCAUUUUUUACGACACGGGUUUAUACCAGUGCUACAAUAGAGACAACAGAAAUAUAUAUCAGAAAAAGUUUCUUUUUUUUUCUUUUUUUUUUCCAGAAUCUGUAGAUAUUCCAACCGAUCUAGUUAGUACCUGGUUGAGUAUAUUCCUCAACCUGCUGACUGUUGAAAAAAAUCGAUUGUAAAGAAUUGAAUAAACUGUACUGUCAAAAAAUACAUUAAGAGGCGAAUACCGUGUUAUGAAAGAGGAUUGUGAACAAUACUUUUUUGAAAUCUUGGAACGUCUUUUUGAAAAUUGGGGAGGCCUGAAGAUAUUGCGUUUAUAUGUGUGUACAUAGAUAUUAAAAUUAUAUACGUGAGUUCAUCCAGUCGGAAAAUGGCCGAAUAAAACAACUUCGUCCGUAACGUGUUUUUUUGACACUGAUGCAGGCUGACAAACAACAGACCCUCGAGACCUCGUAAUACUCCUACGAAAGGAAAAAAUAUCUAUAUGCCGGGGAGUUCUGGUUUACCGAUAAUUAAGGAC